AUCAUCCCGUAGAACAGUGAGCGAGAGGACUAUCGCCGCUUAGGGCAUGGAGGGCUACCCCUAUACUACCUACCCAGAAUCCGGCGACUCAUCGCCCCAAUGCCGCGAGAUCGAUGGCGACACCGCCAUCUCCUGGGAUGAGACACCGCAGCCCGCCGCCGUCCGCGUGAAGCUCAUGUGCAGCUACGGCGGUCGGAUCCAGCCCCGUCCCCACGACAAUCAGCUCUCCUACUUCGGCGGCGAGACGAAGAUUCUCGCCGUCGACCGCUCCAUUCGAUUCCCAGCUAUCAUCGCUAAACUCUCUUCGCUGUACGGCGCCAACUCACCCGACGAGAUCUGCUUCAAGUAUCAGCUCCCCGGUGAGGAUCUUGAUGCGCUGAUCUCCGUUACUAAUGACGAGGAUCUCGACCACAUGAUGAUUGAGUACGAUCGCCUCCAUUUAUCUUCCGGGAAGCCCGCCGCACGCUUACGUUUAUUCCUCUUCCCUGCAAAUCCAUCAAUCAGUUCAGGGAAGGGUGAGCAGAAGGCCGAUCGGAUGUGGUUUCUUGAGCCGCUGCUUCCGUCGCAGUUGGCGCCGUCUAUGGAUCAUAAUCCCUUGCAACUUCCUCCACCUCCGCCUCCUGCGCUAGUUCCUGAUUUCUUGUCCGGCAUUGUGCCGCCUCCGGUGGUGCUGAAGGCCAAGGAGACGACGCCGGAUAGUCUUGUGGUUGAUACUUUGGCCAACGAUGCCCUUUCGGCCGGAUCUGACCUGGCGAAGGAGGAAACGCCGCAGAAUGCAGGGGAAACGGUGGUUUCUCCUUCAGCGGAGGUACAGAGGCAUAUUCAAGAGAUCCAAAGGCUACAGAUCGCAGAGAACCAGUUCCAUCCGCCGGCGAACGUGCAGCGGAACGGCAGCGAUGAAACCCUCUCUACGGUUUACCAUGGAGAAUUCUACGCACCCCGAAUUCCAGACAAGGGUCUGCCCCCACCAGCUCCGGCGGCGACAUUAGCUCCUAGUACGGCUGCCGCUACACAGAUUCCGACUGCCUACUGGGCAGAUCAGCGCGGCAUCGCCGGCGGAAGGUUCACCUCGUUGGCUGGUGGAGACCAACCGGUGUAUCUGAUCCCUGCUUCUCACGGCCUGUAUCCACCCACUACAGGGCAGGCAUAUUACACGGCAACGCAUCCGCCGCCGCCAGCAUUCUCAAGGGUCGUGCCUGCCGAUGUCUACCGCGACGUGCCGACUAUGUACACUGUAGCUCCCCCUCCCGGAAGGGAUGCUGCGCCGGCGAACUCGCCUGCGUCGGGUUAUACGACGGGGCAGGUGGCGUAUGAUAGCAUGGGGAGAGCGGUUUUCUACCCAGGCCCCGUCGCCACGUAUCAGGCCGUGGCUAACGUGGCACUCACCACGGAAUCAAAGAUGACGAAGCCUUCUCAGCUUUCGUGAAGCCCUGUCUCGUCUGCCUGAAGUUUACGGUUUUAGCCCUCCUACACUUUCCCGUCGUCUUCCUCAUUUCGUCAUUUUUUCCCUGUUUUUUAAGCCUGCUAAACGUUUGCCUGCUUUAAGUCACUGGAUAAAAAUUCUUGCAACCGCACCUAUCCUUGGUAUUGGACCUUUGAUGUAAAUAUGGAUAUAGAAUUGUGGGUACAUGGAGUAAAGUGAGGGAUAUAAUGUGCCAAUUUUAUUAGUUUAUUUCCUUUGAUUUGCUACAUUUGUAAUGUUAGUAUUUUUUAAAUGCAUGUAUUUUGAGAAUUGGAAUUUUUGUUAUGGUAAA